AUGAAAUUAUUCAAAGCCUUUGUUGGACCAAGUCUUCCAUAUGAGUCACAAGAAAAACAAGAAACUAUCACUGAAAAUAAUUUUACAUAUACUGUUUAUCAUGCAAAGAAAGUUUCAGAUAAAAAGAAUAUUAGUUUAUUUGAAUUUCCUUCAAGUAAUCCAAGAAUUCUAAAUGAGAAUGUACUUAAACGGUUCAGAACAUUAAAACACCCAAACAUUAUAAAUUACUUGGAUCAUGUAGUUAAUGAUAGAACAACAGUAAUACUAACAGAAGAAGUUUAUCCAUUAACUAGUUUUCUUCAGUCAAGUAAAUGUAAUGAAGAUAUGGUAUUAUGGGGUUUAUUUUCUUUAGCCAACGCUAUUCAUUUUCUUAAUAUAACAGCUAAAUUAGGUCAUUAUAACAUUACAAAGAAUAGUAUUUUUGUCACAAAGAGUGGAGAAUGGAAAUUAGGAGGAUUACAAUAUGUUACUCAAUUAGGACAAUUAGGUGACUUCAAAACAUAUAUAGAAUCAAAUAGAAGUAUUGGUCAUUUACCAAAUGAUUCAUCUUCAGAAUAUGUUGAUAGUUAUUCUUUUUCUAAACUGGCUUCUCAAGUAUAUCCAAAUCCUCCAGCACCACUUCAAGCACUAAUUUCUUCAUUAGCUUCCCAACCAAUAACUUCUUUUUUAACUCAUCCAAGUGUUUCAACACCAUUUUUAACUAUUGUCUAUAACAUGGAUAAUUAUUCGGCAUUGGACGAUUUUACUCGUCGUUCUUUCUUAAGCUCAAUUACUAAAACUUCACUUCCAUCAUUAUUUUGCAGAUAUAAAUUACUUCCAUUUUAUAUUGAUUUGUUUAGGUCUAAUAUGCCAGAAGCUUCAUGUGCAGUAGAGUCAUUGUUAAAAGUUUCAAGUGGAUUGGAACAAGAUGAAUUUGUACAACAAGUACAAAAUUAUAUUCCUAAAUUUAUUAAUUCAUCAGACCUCCAAACAAAAUAUAGUGCGUUAGGGUCAUUACGUUAUUGUUCUCAACACAUAACUCCAUCUUUUGCAGAGUCAUUAUUUCCUAGUAUUAUUCAAUGCACAAACCAUCAAAAUGAUAAAAUAAGAGAUGCUGGAAUAAGGGCACUUUUAGUCUUAAUUGAAAAAGUUAAUAAAUCUAAACAGUUAGAGUGUGCAAAUAGAUUUGAAAAAGCACUUGGUGAUCCUAGUCUUAUUGUUAGAACAAACACAGUUGUUUGUAUUUCAAAAAGUUGUUCAUUUUUUACAGUAGAAACAAGAAAGAGAUUAUUGUUAUGUUCUAUUGCUCGUAGUGGUAAAGAUGCUGUCAAAGAAAUGAGAAUUGCAAUAAUCAAUGGAAUAAAGGAUAACAUUAAUGAUUUUAGUGCAAAUGAUAGUGCUCGUAAUAUUUUGCCUUACAUCUCUGUUUUCCUUGUUGAUGACCACAAAAAUGUUAGAAAUAAAGCAAGAGAAUUAUUUUCUUCAUUAACAGAAACAGUACUAAAAUAUUCUGAACAACUAGACAAUCAACAACAAGAGCAAAAACCUGAAGAACAAAAACAAGAAGUAAAAGAAACACCUCAUUUGAAUCUUAAAAAACCUGCUGAUGUUAUUUAUGAUCAACAAAAACCAGUUCAAAAAGUUAAUAUUGAUUUAUGGAAUGUAUCUCCUCAAAGAAGUAAUGCUGUAACACCACAACAAAACCCUGAAGAUGUUUUUACUCUCUUUGAAGAAAUAGAUCCAGAAUUUCCUUCUCAACAACAAAAAACAAAUGACAAUCAAUCAGUUAAUACUCAUCAAAACAAUACAACUAAAGAAGAUGACGAUAUUGAAAGAUUAACAAAGAUGAUUGGUAAAAAAUCAUCAACUUCUCAGUCAAAAACUUUCCAAAAAGCUGAUCAAAAACAACGACAAUUAAAAGAAAUUGGUCUUCCUGAAAAUUUCCAGAAUAAAACACAAAAUAAAACAACAGUUUUACUUAAAGAAAAACCAACUUCAAAGCCAGAAAUCAUUAAUGAAACAAAAGUUCAACAAAAACAACAAAAUGAUGUAUUUGGUUGGGGAAUUUCAAAUGAAGCAAAUGACGCUUAUUGGGAUGAGUGGGCUGGAGCAUUAAAUUCUAAAGACAAAAAGUCACAAGGAGAUUCAUCUUCAACUAUUUUCUUUUAA